GUUGGAUCUCUUCAUGAUCCCGAGGUUUGACUUCCUGGUGGUGGCGAGGCUUGACGUCAAUGGGACUGGCGAUGCCAAGGGCAGCCAGUGUCAGAGUGACAACAGAGAGAGAGAACAUUUUGGUGGUCGGGCUGUUGAUGUUGCCGAGUGGCGUACGUCUGAGUGGAAGAAGUGAGUUGAAAGGAAUGCUGACAGAAAGUGUGUUGGUCCAAAAAAGUAGAGGGAUGAUGUGGUGUCGUUGGUAGAUGAAGGAUGAAGAAGAAAUGGAGGAGAGGAUGGACGUCGGGCUGGAGAGGUUUAUAUGGGAGAAGACAAACACUCUGGCCCUUGGGCUGCUCACAACGUGGAGCUUCUGGGAAGGAAGGAAGUUGCCUUCUUCGACGGGAAGCUCGCCGACAGCAAUUGCCGUAUCUGCCCCGGAAGAGGAUGCAGUCUCUGAUCUCUCCUUUCCACCAUCACUGCCGAGAUCAUCUGCGGAAGCUGCAUCGUGUUCCUAGACCUCCAUAUCCCUGUCCUUGGAACCUUCCCAAUCUAGGUGGAAGUCGUCCAUCACGUCACACAUACCCAACCAAGUCAGGCAACCGUUUGCUCUCCACAACAUUAGCGGCAAGAGCAUCCUUUCCAAAAGCAGGAGCAUGGCUAGAACGGCUUACGCUUUUGAGCAGCGACGUUUUUGAUGUUGAUGUACGGCACAGGGCCUCAGGUAGGAAGCACCUUUCACGAUGUACAAGCGGCAGGUACACGAGGUUUCGGUUUCCUCUCGCCGGACCGAUUAUGCGUCGUCGAGAGGUUACAUCGAUCUAUUCCUUAUUCUAUGAUUGUACCACCCGUUGAGAAGGUCGAGUCUUUGCUGCUCCUUCCUGCGCAAGAGGAAGGGGGACGGCCACGCGAUCAUGAACACCCAAAGGUGACCAAUAUGUCGU